AUGACGCGCCCUUCCCGUCGCUUGCUUCCUCUCCUCUGUUUCUCGCUUCUCUCCCUCUUUCUCGCGGUGCGGCGCAUCCGCACAGCCAGCUCUCUCGAGCCUCCUCCUGUGUCUUCGUUCCCUUUCGCCCCGUUUUCUUCGCUCUCCCCUGCCUCUGCGUCGCCGUCUCCCUUCUCCAUUCCUCUGCCUCCUCUCGCUGAGGAUGUCGCCUCUCCGCCAGUGCGCCUUGCUUCGGCGGAACUUGCCGACGAGGGCGCUGCGGCAGCGCAGUCGUUGAGCUUCUUGCACCUCGCCCUCUCCGAGCAGGAACGAACGCCGCCUCAGCGGGUUCCCCUGGAGGUCACUGUGAUCGAAAACAGAGUCGCGGCAGGCCACCAGAUCAUUCAUCCAGCUCUGGGAUCUGGCGGGAGGCCAGUGGCUGGCGCCGCGCCGGAGUCUGCGGCCCUCGGGGACGACGCCUUUUCCCUCGAGGCCCCGGCGAUCCGUGACACCCCUGAGCAGGAGAAAGAGGCUAAUGCCGAGAUGGAAGCUGCAGGCAUGAGCGCGGCCGCGCCUGUGAGUCCGGAGCUCCAGCGUGCGCUCGCGGACGACGAGGAAGAAGAGCAGGGGCAGGUCGCCGCGCCGACGGAGAAGGGGGCGAAGAAGGCGCGCGGGAACCUCGGGAGAUUUAAAAGAUGGCUCAAGAAAAAACUCGUCUCGGCUUUCACACGCAUUUUCAAUGUCCAGUCCGUCACCAAUAAAGCAAAAGAAGCCGAUGCAAUCGACCGCUACCUUGAGGACGCCACACGCCUCAACGAGCAGCUAGCGUGCGUGAAUAUUCGCGACCAGAAGAGUAGAAAAAAGAAAAUGGGCGCUGUCUGCAAGAAGUUCAAGGGUAGCCCGAAGCUGCAGGCGCUGUGCGCCACGUACUCGGCCUACAUCGACACCAAACUUGAGUCUCUGAAGCAAUGCGGCGGGCUCAGUUUGCGAGCUUGCCUGCAACAGAUGAGCAUUCCCCUGGUCCAGCCUCUGCUUGUGCAGGCGCACGGCGCGGUGAUGCAUGACUUAGAGGCCGCACCGGAGAAGAAGAAGGGCCGUAAGAAGAAGCAGAAGGCGGCCGCUGCCGCGGGUCUCGUGGACGCCGAGUUCUCAGUUAGCGUGUCCGAGGAGGCCAUCAUCUACCUGAAGGGAAUCGUCUCGAAGAACGAGAACGUCCCCGGCAGCUUCCUAGCGCCGUCCUGCGUCUACCUCGAUCAAGUCGAGCGGAACGAGAAUACCAAGGCGCGCAAGCUGAAACGCGCCUCGAAGAAAAAGCAGAAGGGACGACCCGCGCGGGUGAAGGAGCUCUACCACCUCGUCCACCUGCUGGAGCUCGGCGCGCCGCUGGCCUUCGACAGCAUGUUUGUUUCGCUUUUACUUCAGACGUGGGACGUGAAGAAGUGCCCGAGCGAAGUGCGCAAGCUGCGGCGCAAACGCCACCAGCUGCAGACUAAGGAAGGGGCGACUGUCAAAGCGACUGGAGGCGACAUCUUCCAGCGCGCGAUGCUGGUGGCGAUCAUGCAGGCGACUGUCCCGUCGACGGUGAACUGCCUCGAAUCCGACCGCCCCUCGCGCAACUGCCUGCUCCUGCGCAUGUCGCCGAUUCUGAAGACAGAAUGGAGGAAACUCGUGAACCACGCGGCGGCAGGGAACCGACAGGAGGCGAGCGCGCUGCUCGACAAACUCCGGCAGACGCUGCAGAGCGCGACUCCCUCGCCGCGCGAUGUGGAAAAAAUCCGCAAAAACCUCCAAGAACAACUCCAGCAAAUCGUCUCGAUAGCGGGCGCUACGGGGCGCGCAGGCCGUAAAGUCCUGAACGUGAUUGGAAAGUGGAAGUGGCUCACGCAGAUGAUCACGCGUCUGAUGGUGUUGUUGGGUCGGAUGCACGGCAACAAGGAGACGGCGCAGGCCGCGAAGAAGGCGGCAAAGAAGAUCGCCAAAAAGGGCGACAAUUCACAAGUUGGGACACUCGUCUCAGACGCAGCGCUCUUGGAAAUGGGAUCGAGUACUGGAGCCACCAUGAAGUGCGCGACAGGCUUGGCUGGAUACGGCAAGUUCGUUGAGAAGUCGUUUAGGGCGCUCGCGAGUGCCGAGAUCCGGCGUGCGAGGAAGGAGUCGAGGGCACCGCGCGGAAAAACGCCCGCGGCGACCUCCUUCGUGAACCUGAGCGGAGAGGGCGGCGUCACGCGUGAUGCUGCAGCGCAAAGAACCUGGCGAAGCGGAAGCCGCGAGCAGGGGAAAGGUGGCAUGAGACUCGUCUCUCCGCACUCGUUCAGCGACGAAACAAGUCUAGCCUUCUUCGAAUCCGGUGACGACCAAGCAGUCGAGGCGACGCAGCCGAAGAAAGCGACGCAGAAAAAAAAGUUUCGCCAGAUUUUCAUCGGUGUGGUCCUUGUCGCGAUUUUCCUCUUCAUUCAAGCAGUUCUGUACACGCCUAGUGGCGCAGCGAUUUUCAUUGGAGUCCUGCUCGCCGUCGUUGUGAUGCUUGUGUACAUGCUCCCGAAUAUCUUGGCCGCGGUCCGAAAGCGGCGGGCGGGUGGUGGCGGCGAGGCCGACGACGAUGAUGCUCCGCUCUUUGACGGAGAUGCCUCAGAUAACGAUUCUGUAGAUCCAGAUGCUGAUGAAGAUGAUGGAACGUACCUGUAG